GAUGAAGAUGGACGGCGGAAGGGGGGACAUCACAGCAUCUCUCCCACAUCAAAUCCGGUGAUACAAGACCUCCAUGCGCCGGACUAAAUACCGCGCCUCUCCUCCCUCCCCCCACGACGACCAGAGCGAGCGAGGUCCAGCUCCUCUCGCUUUUGCGUGCUUGCACUUCUUGUCACCGCUCUCCUCGUUCUACCCUCGCGCCCAGGACACGAAAUGGCCGACGAGCAGCCUUCUGGACCGCUCUCUGAUGAGGACGUCGAGUACCUGCAGAACACCAUUAUCCAGAUCGGCUGCGAGUUUGUCUUCUAUGGCAUCCACGCAACGCUCUUCAUCAUCGCCGCGUACCUCUUGAUUCCGAGAGGCUUCAAGACUAUGAAGUAUGCUGCUAUGCUGUGCGCAACACUAGCGCUGUUCACUGCAGCCACGGGGGUCAUGGUACUGGACAUGAAAACGGCAGUGGCGAGCAUGGAAUUACUUGGCUACGACCCACCCAACCUGGACGGGAUGAUCAAGCGCACGGUCGUCGCCGACAACUGGCUCUUCCGUCUGAACUUCUUCCUCUCCGAUGUCAUUCUCGUCUGGCGCGCCUGGGUGCUCUGGCCGGGACACAAGCAAAUCCAGAACGUAUUGCUGAGCUGCCUCGCUGUCACCGCCGCGGGCGUCAUCGCCGACGGCACACUCGUCACCGUCGACGCGGUGCGCGCUGCCGACCGCACCGGCGCCGUCUCCCUCAUGAUGACCGUUCCUCUCCUCGUCACCAAUGUCGCCGCCACCGUCUGUGUCCUCCGCAAGCUCAAGGAGUCGUGGGGCUCCGUGCACGAGAAGCUGCGGGCGAAGUCGCUGUACAUGCGCUGCGAGACGAUCGCGCUGUUCGGCAUCGAGAGCGGGCUCGUGUACUGCGGGAUCUCGCUCGUCACGCUCGUCGCCGCCGUCAUCGACGCGGGCAUCUUCACGUCCAUCUGGCUCGCCGUGUCGAUCUCCCUCACGGGGCUGUACUCGACGUUCAUUAUCGUGCUCGUGCUCAUGGACAAGCCGCCGGUGCAGAGGCACCUGCCGGCGGCUGCUGGAGGCAAGGGCGUUGCCCCGCCAGGGACGCGCUCCGUCACGUUUAACAUGUCGGGCGGUCCUGGGGCGGCGCGUCCACCGGUUGAGAAGCCUGCGGAGAAGAGUCGUAAUGACGAGCACGGCGGGGACAGUAUCCUCAUUACCUCGCAGACCUUCCAGGAAGCUCGCUCUCGCGAUGCGUCCGACAGCAAUGUCUGAGCCUGAGGGGAAGCCAAGGGAGGGAGUGGUGUCCAGUGCAGCGUCGGCUCCACUGCAUGCUUUGUACUACUUUACGACUCGUGUCUGUCUUGCUAUGUUGCGCAUCGUCUAUCUAUUGUACGGAGGAUCUGUAUAUAUUCGCUGAACCACUGAAGAGCUGGAAACUGUAUGCUUAGAUGUCGUGCUAUCGGAUGUGACGAUGAUCUUCAUGCUCCGGCCUCGAGGCAGACAUUGCUGACUGCUCUUGCCUCCGACACUCACCACGGGCUCCGUAUAU